AUGGCAGAUGUCAAAUGGAGUGUUAAAGGAAAAGUGAUAUUAGUAACAGGAGGCGCGGCGGGCAUUGGUGCGGGUCUAGUGAGAGGCUUACUGACCCAAAAUGCUAGUCACGUCGCCUUCUUAGAUAUAUUGGAACGUGAGGGGGAAAGUCUGGAGGGAGAACUAUUGAACAACUUCGGUGCUUUGAAAGCCAAGUUCAUAAAAUGUGACGUCUCAAACGAUGAACAACUCACAAGAGCGUACCAACAAGUAAUAGAUAAAUAUAAAAGACUUGAUGCUGUUAUAAACAAUGCUGCUGUCAUUGGUGUCGCAGACGGAAUUCACCAGAAGACUGUUGAUGUUAAUUUAACAGCAACAAUCAACAGUACAUUGAAGGCGUUAGAGUUGAUGAGUGUGGACAAUGGAGGCGGCGGGGGUAUUGUAAUAAAUGUGUCAUCAGUAGAAGCUCUACAGCACAAAUCACCCCCUGUCUACUCAGCUACGAAGUUAGCUGUACUACAAUUUAGUACUCAAAUUGCGGCAAGUAAUGAAGAAAAAUAUGCGAACACUGGAGUCCGUAUUAUCACAGUAUGUUUGGGCCCUACCGACACUGCGUUGCUUCACAGACAUAACUACAUAAAGGAAAAGAAUGUGGCCAUGGAAAUUUCUAAUAGGCAGAGAGUUACAUCAGCAGUAGCGGGCAUAAUAGGCGUAAUUAACUCCGGCAGCAAUGGAUCUACGUGGAUAAUCGCUGGAGAUAAACCCCCGGCCGACGCUACUGGGGACGUGAGAGAGGCCUUCCAGAUUAUUUCUAAGGCAACUAAUUUUGUG